AUGGGAAUACCUUCUUUCUAUAAGUGGGUCGUCAACAAGUACCCAAGCAUCAUCUCCCCUGUGAAGGAGGAACCAGAGGAGAGCCCUGAUGGCAUCAUCUAUGACAACCUCUACCUCGACAUGAAUUGCAUCAUCCAUUGUUGCUUCCACCCACAGGACCAGAUGCAUGCAGACAUAGAUGUGUGCCCUCCGAUGACAGUCAGUGAGGUGUUUGAGUCUUUGUUUGAGUACAUGGACCGCUUGUUCCGCAUCGUCAGGCCAACAAGGCUCCUCUACUUGGCAGUAGAUGGUGUUUCUCCUUGCGCCAAAAUGAACCGUAAAGCGAAGGGGCGUUUCCACUCUGCCAGGCUGGCAAGAAGUGAGGAGAUUGAAGAUUAUGAAAUGCGGAAGGAAUUAAGAGCUCAAGGGAAGGAGGAGCCACCGCGAGAGAUUUCUGAGGUUCCUGACCCCAAUGUCAUCGCCCCAGGUACCGAGUUCAUGGAGAGGCUAUCACAAGCCCUUGAGUACUACAUCCGUGCCAGACUUAAUAGUGACCCCUGGUGGAGAGACAUCAUGGUAAUACUCUCCGAUGCGAAUGUUCCUGGAGAAGGAGAGCACAAGAUCAUGUCUUUCGUCCGUGCACAACGCAGCAUGGAAGGCUAUGAUCCCAACACUCGACACUGCUUGUUUGGGCAUGAUGCAGAUCUGAUAAUGCUUGCUUUGGCAUCUCACGAAGUCCACUUCUCUAUUUUGCGUGAGGAUGUGCUCUUCCCAAAUCAGGCAGAAACAGAAGGGAAUCCGAAGAAACCAUUUCUGGUCCUCCUCACCUCCCAACCCCAGAUAAUGCCACUCAUAUACUCAUUUUGA